GCGUCACAUCCGGCGCCGGGGCGCCCACUCCGGAAGUGGCCGGGCGGCGGUGGCGGCGACGGCGCAGAAGGCGCCUCGGUGCCAAGUGUUCAUUCUGUAGCAGAGCUGCGGUCGUGGCGGCAUCAUGGUGGAGGAGGUGCAGAAGCACUCCGUGCACACGCUUGUGUUCAGGUCACUGAAGAGGACCCACGACAUGUUUGUGGCAGACAACGGGAAGCCCGUGCCCCUGGAUGAAGAGAGUCACAAACGGAAACUGGCCAUCAAGCGUCGUAACGAGUAUGGUCCUGUGUUGCAUAUGCCAACCUCGAAGGAAAAUCUGAAAGAGAAGGGCCCACAGAAUGCAGCGGAUUCGUACCAUAAGCAGUAUCCUGCCAGUCAAGGACAAGAGGUUGAGUAUUUGGUGUCAGGUCCGCAUCCAUACCCAGCAGGGCCUGGUGUUGCUUUAACAGCGGAUACUAAGAUCCAAAGAAUGCCAAGUGAAUCAGCCGCACAGUCCUUAGCAGUGGCGAUACCAUCUUCUCAGGCCAGGGUUGAUGCAAAUCGAACUGCUGGUGGGAGUGAGUACCGACUGCCUGGGGCUUCAGACCGUCCGCAGCCCGCAGCAGGCAAUGCGAUGAUUGUGGAGAGUGGCAAUACCAAGAACUCUGCACUGAUAGCUAAAAAAGCCCCUACAAUGCCCAAACCCCAGUGGCACCCGCCAUGGAAACUUUGCAGGGUUAUCAGUGGGCAUCUUGGCUGGGUUCGCUGUAUCGCGGUGGAGCCUGGGAAUCAGUGGUUUGUUACUGGAUCUGCCGACAGAACUAUAAAGAUCUGGGACUUGGCUAGUGGCAAAUUGAAACUGUCCCUGACUGGACACAUCAGCACGGUGCGUGGUGUGAUAGUGAGCACCAGGAGCCCAUACCUGUUCUCAUGUGGAGAAGACAAGCAAGUGAAGUGCUGGGAUCUAGAGUAUAACAAGGUUAUACGGCACUAUCAUGGGCAUCUGAGUGCCGUCUAUGGCUUGGAUUUGCACCCAACGAUCGACGUGCUAGUAACCUGUAGUCGAGACUCAACUGCGCGGAUUUGGGAUGUGAGAACAAAAGCCAGCGUACACACAUUGUCCGGACAUACAAAUGCAGUUGCUACAGUGAAGUGUCAAGCUGCAGAGCCACAAAUUAUUACCGGAAGCCAUGAUACUACAAUACGAUUGUGGGAUCUGGUGGCUGGAAAGACAAGAGUGACAUUAACAAAUCAUAAAAAAUCUGUCAGAGCUGUGGUUUUACAUCCAAAACAUUACACAUUUGCAUCCGGUUCUCCAGAUAAUAUAAAACAAUGGAAAUUUCCCGAUGGAAGUUUCAUUCAAAAUCUUUCUGGACAUAAUGCUAUUAUUAACACCUUGACUGUAAAUUCUGAAGGCGUGCUUGUAUCUGGAGCUGACAACGGCACGAUGCAUCUCUGGGACUGGAGAACUGGCUACAAUUUUCAGAGAGUCCAUGCGGCUGUGCAGCCGGGAUCUUUGGACAGUGAAUCAGGAAUAUUUGCCUGCGCUUUUGAUCAGUCUCAGCUUCGGUUACUGACAGCUGAAGCUGAUAAAACCAUUAAAGUGUACAGAGAGGAUGAUACAGCGACAGAAGAAACUCAUCCAGUCAGCUGGAAACCAGAAAUUAUCAAGAGAAAGAGAUUUUAAUGUGACAUUGUCUUUAUGGUGGUUCUUUUUUAUUUUUUUUAUUAUUAUUAUUAUUUUUUUUUUUUAAGCUUGGCAUUGAUGAGGAAAUCCUCUCAUCUUGUGCUCUGGCUGGGAAUAUAAAAUAGAAACUCACUUGCUGGCGUCAUUGCUGCUCUGUAUUUGACAAUAAUCUGCCCCCCACCCGCCCCAUCCCCUAUGUUUUUAUUUCUAAAAUAAAUGGUUUGUGAUCCUUGCAAGUAGUAUACAGGUUUAUUGAGUAUGACUGCUGUAGAGGUGGACUAGUUUUACAGUUUUAUUAGAUCUCCUUUUAAACAGUGAAGGCUUACAAGGUUGCUAUGAUAGGAUAUGUUUUAGAGAA